AGCCGGUAUCAAUAGGAAAGGGUCAUAGUGAUUCUUCCGUAGACUGUGUGACUUUCAGCGGGCGCUGUGAUCUCGGGGGCCAGGGGUAUCUUCCUUUGUUGUGAACACUGCGGGAUGUAUCAGAGUGCGGCGGGUAGGCUGUGCUCGGCGCUGAAAGACGUGCCCGCACUGUGCGCCUCCUCUCUGCGGCAGCAGCCACACCACUCCAGAGCGGUCUGUUCCAUGGGAAACGGUACAAGCCGCCUGUACAGUGCUCUUGCCAAGACUCUCAGCAGUACCGCAGCCAUCCCCCAGCCUCAGGAUUACCUGGAACAGUCAGAGCAUGACCAGCUGGAUCCGCUGGACCCCAAGGAUCUUUUGGAGGAAUGCCAAGUUGCCCUACAGGGAAGGCCUCCCCGGCUCCUUAGAGAAUUUGUCCAUCACAGAGAUGAUUUCAGCAGCCCCCAUCCCUUUAGGGUCAUGCAAUGGAAUAUCCUUGCUCAAGCCCUUGGAGAAGGCAAGGACAACUUUCUCAAGUGUCCCAUGGAAGCGCUGAAGUGGGAGGAGAGGAAGUACUUGAUCCUGGAGGAGAUCCUGAUUUAUCGCCCUGAAGUCUUGUGCCUGCAGGAAGUGGAUCACUAUUUUGACACGUUCCAGCCAAUACUCAGUAGGUUAGGCUACCAAUGUGCUUUUUUAGCAAAGCCAUGGUCUCCCUGCCUUGAUGUUGAGCACAACAACGGACCUGAUGGCUGCGCUUUGUUCUUUCUGCAGGACCGAUUUCAGCUGAUCAGCAGUAACAACUUCAGGCUGUCAGCUAGGACCCUGAAAACCAACCAAGUGGCUAUUGCUGAAAUCCUGCAGUGUAAAGAGACUGGCAGACUGGUGUGCUUUGCUGUUACCCACCUGAAAGCCCGCACUGGGUGGGAGAGGUUCAGGCUUGCACAGGGCUCCGAUCUCUUGCGGAAUCUCGAAUUGCUCACACAAGGGGCCAAAAUCCCCCUGGUUGUAUGUGGGGACUUCAAUGCAGAACCAACAGAGGAGGUAUACAAGAGGUUUGCUUCCUCAAGCCUAAACCUUAACAGUGCCUACAAGGUGCUCAGUGAAGAUGGAGAGACUGAGCCUCCUUACACCACCUGGAAAAUCCGGCCCACAGGAGAGUCUUGCAAUACCCUAGAUUAUAUUUGGUAUUCCCAGCAUGCUCUGAAAGUGAAUGCUGCCUUGAGCCUGCUUACAGAGGAGCAGAUUGGGCCAAACAGGCUCCCAUCUUUUACCUACCCAUCAGAUCACCUUUCCCUGAUCUGUGACUUUAGUUUUAACAUGGACCCAGACAGGUUGUUGUAGUUGUCCGUGUAUCUGAACUGUAUCUGUAACUGUAAGGUGAUGAGUUCUCACACUUUAUGUGCAUGGGAAAUUUCCUGG